UCACACAUCCCUCAGGAACACUCAGACAGCCGCUGAGUGAAUCUCCCCUCGGACAGUUUCGCGGUUCAGAAACCAGCAAAGUUCACCGUUAAACAAGGAUCUCAGAGGAGGAGCAGCUGACAGCAUGGCCACUGCCGGCAUGUCCAGGGAAGAGGCUGAGGAGUACCAGAGGCAGCUGGUGGAGGAGAAGAUGGAGAGAGACGCAGAGUUCCUGGUGAGGAAGGCUGAGCGGGCCACACUGCGGACAUGUCUGAGGGACAAAUACAGAUUACCGAAGAGCGACCAGGACGAGAACCUGAUCCAGAUGGCCGGGGACGACAUCGACGUGCCCGAGGAGCUGGUGAAGAUGGUGGAUGGGGAAACAGCGGAGGAGGAGCACGACGACUCGAUCCUGGCUCAGGUGCAGAACCUGCAGAACAUGGACAUGAACCAGAUUAAGGAGAAGGCGUCAGCCACCAUGACGGAGCUGCGGACCAAGGCUGAGGAGAAGUGCUGCGUGAUGUGAGGAGACGACAGAUGAGACUGUACACGACCUCAGAUUAACAACACUAACUAGUUCUGAAGCCAUUAGUCGAUUAGUAGAUUAGUCAACUGGCAGAAAAUCAAUUGAAACUUUGAUAAUUGCAAUAUUCUUUUGGUCAUUUAUCAAGGAAAAAUCUCAAACACCUGCCAAUUCCAGGUUCACUAAAAUGCUAAGAUUUGCUUCCUUUUCCCCAUUCAUACAGCAUCAAUAUAACAUUGACAUUUUGUUUUUUUACUUUGUGUUUUUGGCUGCUCAGGAUAAGGCAGUAAUAUGGAGACAUCACUUUGGGCUGUGCUAAUUUUCAGUGAAGUAUUUGUCAUCAUUUGUGACACUUUAUAAACUGGAUUAUUAAUGCACUACACUAACCAAUAGAUCAAUCAAAGCUGCAGUCUGAAUGAGAGGCACUACAGUAUUAGUCCCUUAAUGCAAAAGAUUCUCUGUAAAUGGUUUAUAAAUGAUACUUGAACUAUCAACAACCAGCAACUAACUGACUGCCUAAGCCCGUCUGUGGAUUAUCUAUGCGGGGGCCUUUCCAAAUCCAAAUGAAGAUUAGCUUCAUGUUCAGGUCUCUAAUUAACUCUUCCUACUGCCUAAAUUUGUCAGUCUUAGUUUGGUUUAUCUAUCAAUAGAGACUUUCGUCUUAGUAGAAGGACUCCUAAUCUUUCUCGGGAAGAUGCAAGGAAGUGAGAAAAAAAAAACAGGAAGAAAAAGAAGACAUACCUUAAAAAGGACGAGCACAGAUUGGAUGACGUGUGUAUUCAUGGUUGCAGCGUCAUACGACGUGUUUCAUCUUCACAAGCUGAGAAGACUUGAAUGUAAUGGCUUUACACAGGAUUCUCUGAAAACCUCAUUAAAGCCUUUUUCACUGGACUGAACACAACUGGAUUUUGCUCUUGUGCCUGCUUGUUUGUUUAUGAUAAAUUAAAAAAUGGUCAUACCCA